AUGGAUCGUAAAUCUCGUACAUCUCGUUCAGCCACACUUGAUGACACAAAUGAGGAAGUUAAUUUAUGGAAGCAAACCUGUAAUGCACUUUCUAAACUUGAAACAAUACAAAAUGAUAUUUCAAAUAUAGUAAAUGGUAUAAAUAAAAUACAUACUACCAUUAAUAACGAAGAAGAAAUACAACCUUCAAUUAGUACGAAAUUAAUCGAACAUUAUGAAGGGGGAAUCGAUCUAUCUAAUAACGAAGCAAAAACUAUACAUGAUAUCAUCGAGAAAUUAUCUGUUCUUAUUGCAUUAAGAAAUGCAUCAGAAUAUAACAACGUUCUAGAACAAAAGAGAAAGAAACGAAGAAUUGAACAAGAUGAAAUUAACUCCUUAUCAUUCAAGAAAAGCAAAACUGAUAAUAGAAUUCUGACUAAUGGAACCUCUGUUGCUGCUAAACAUCCUACACAAAAAGAUAAAAAUGAAGAAUGGAUACUUGCAAUAGUCAUAAGUUAUCAUAUUGAUACAAAUAAAUAUCAAGUUGAAGACGUGGAUCAAGAUGAAUUCGGUCAAAAGCAACGAUAUAUGAUACAGCCCCGAAAUGUAAUUCCUAUUCCAAAUAUAGAUGAAGCAAAAGAAUUGACAGAAUUAAAUGCUGGACAAGAUGUAUUAGCAUUGUAUCCUGGUACAACAUGCUUUUAUAAAGCUAAAGUCAUAACUCCACCAUCCAAGAAUAAGGAUAUACAGUAUACAAGCAAUUAUCAAGUACAAUUCGAAGAUGAUAAUAAUGAAUUCAAAUAUGUUAUGCCAGAAUAUGUUCUUGAAAUCCCAAAAUUUAAAUACAAUGUCGAUGGUUCCAAAUGGCGAAUGUGA